AUUUUCAACAGUACGGGGAACCCCAGAAGGUAGGUCACUAGACAUAAUUCUCAAAUUGAUCAAAUUCAUUGCAAUUUUCCACGAUAUCACCUCAGCCUGGAUUAAGUAUUUUGUUUAAUUAAUCGCGAAGUUAAAUAAAAUUGUGCAGCACCUUAUGUCGGCAAUUUGUCGGCUUGUGCACGGCAAGCAAUGAGCAUAUUAUGUAACUGCUGAUAUAUUUAGUUAUUGUAUUAUCAGUUACGAACAAUUCCAACAGGAAAAUAAGACAAGUAUUGUCUCUAAAAACUCUCCACUUUUUACAAGAAUUUAAUUGUUUUUAGCUGUGACACAAUUAUUGCCUAAAUUAAUUUCUAAUUCAAAUAUCAGCGGCAGUCAUAAACUAGCGCGCUGCCCCGGCCGCUAAAAUAUUCUCUCCGCCAUGACACUUGCCAGUGCAUGUUUUUUACCUUUUUUACUAAAGGAAAGGAAAGGAUAGUCUAGGGUCUCACGUAACCCAACCUCACCUUACUUCUCAUCUUUAACACAAAUACAAACAAAAUUGACGAAAACUCCUCACGAGACACCCGAGACAAGAAGUGACGUUUUCCCUCUACAUCUGUGCAUUAGUGCUGUUAACGAUUGUCAUGAUGUCUUGAACCCCAACAAGCAAAAAUAAUAAAACGAGAAUCUCAAUCUGUGAAGAUGUGAUUGUUGGUUUCUCGACGCAGGUUACCAAGUGCAAAAGUCGAUUAAGACACAUGAAAUGGCCCCAACAAGAGACAAAUGGGUCAGACGAUUUGUCAUAACCGAAACAAGUCGACAUAAAAGAGGCUUUACAAUUUAUAAAGUCACCUCAUUGGUAUUCCUGAAGUCGUCCCCAGAUCUGGCGUCGAAGGUGUCCGUGUGGAAGCGUUACAAUGACUUCAAGAAACUCCAUAAAACCUUGAGUGCUUUGCACCACCGUCUCCCCAUCAAAGACCCCUUUCCUCCCUUUCCAAAAGGUAAAUUUUUCUCUCGUUUUGAGACAGAAGUGAUAAAAGAGCGACGAGACUGUGCAAUUAAGCUCCUUGAGUUUAUUGGGCGACAUCAGUCCCUGGCGACGAACGAGAAUUUCGUAAAAUUUUUCGAAAUCUCCCUGCAGCCAGAUACCUCCGCCGACCUGAACGAAUCCAUCGAUUCGGAUACCUCUGAGGACAGUCAGGUGAGCCCUGCAUCCUCCCACUUAACUCCCCUGAUACCCCAAAAAAUAGCAGUCCUGGAAAAAUCUCCAAAGCCCCUAGAAAUAGAACGAUCAAGAGCCGAAAAAUCCGUGAAAACAAUCGACUACCCGCAAUCAGAGGAUUAUGAUCAAUACGUCCUGAUAGCCGCUGCCCACAUGAGUGCAGGCUAUCGUCACGAAUCCAUGAAUGAACACGAGGAGGCCUUUAUGCAGUACAAACUCGGUAUAACUAAUCUGCUGCAUGGUGUUGAGAUGGACCCUGAUCCCCUGCGUCAGAGAAAAAUCCACGAGAAAAUAAAAAAAUAUACCGAGAGGGCUGAGACACUCUACAACAGAUACUUAAACAGCAAUAUAUCUUUGUUAAUUAAACCAAGUGAAGAACUGAAGAAUUAUAAAGUAAUCAAGGUAGUUAAUUCAGUGAUGCUGGCGAGCGACAUGAGAACGAAUGCAGAAAGGAUAAUUAAAACCGUGGAGAAGGUAUCCGGCGAGCCUGAUGACAUCAGUAAUUACAUUCUCAGAGGAAAUGUCCCAUUCGUGGUGAAGCUCCAGGGUUUUGUUCAAACUGAGACCACUGUUUUCCUUAUUCUCAAUUACAUAAGGAGGGGAAGACUCUGGGAGAGCAUCAAGAAGAGGUAUGGAAUGGAGGGGAAUAGAGUGGUGAGAUCCAGAAGCUGCGAUGGGGAAUUAUUUGGUGGGUCUGGAGGGAGGAGUUAUAAGGAGGGAGAUACGAAGUCUAAUGAUGAUUUUGGAGGUAAUUGUGGGUAUAAGGAAGAUUUACCCACCAUUGAAUUACUGGAGAAGGCCCAGGAGUUACUCAAAUCUGUGGAUGCUACUAUCAAGAAGAGUAAUUCCAUCGCGGAGAGGCUCAAUGGGAGACAUCUCGAUCCUGAAGGGGAGGAUAAGAGUGCUGAGGGAUCGGAAUCUGAAUUAUCCAGUACUGAAAGCUCGUCGGGGAGUUUCGAGAAAAUAGAUAUAUCUGAGGUUUCUAAUGAGAGAGAUUACGAUGACUGCGCGAGGACCAGAAUCUACUCGAGAGGACCUGAAGCCAGUGAGGACAGUGGAGUGGAAAUGGAGCAGGAGCUGUGGAAAAUUCCCGAGAAUGUCGUGAGGAUGUGGACAGCUCAGAUUAUCGUGGCUCUUGGAUUUUUUCACAGGCAGAAUGUGGUGGUCAAGGGGCUGAGGCCACAGAAUCUCCUUGUUGAUGAUGAUGAUAAUGUUGUUCUUUGCUAUGUGGUGCCUGUCAAAACUGAGAGAUUUUCGGUUGAGUUUAAAAUACCUUACACUGCUCCUGAAUUAUGCAACUAUCUACCGGACACUGAAGCUGGGCAGGCUGCUGAUGUGUGGAGUCUAGGGGUUAUUCUUUAUGAAUUGCUGACUGGAAUGGAAUUUCACACGAGGCAUCCAGGACCAUUUUAUUCACAUUCCAUUCUUAGCAUUCCUAGUGAUUUAUCGGAUAAUGCAAAAUCGCUUUUGAAAAGUAUUUUAAUUUUUGAAGCAUCGGAACGUCUCACCAUUAAAGAAAUCAAGCACCACCCAUUUUACAACAAAAUCGACUGGGAUGCUCUUGGGGAUUCUAAUGCAAGAGCAAAAAUCGUAAAAACGGAAGUAUGAAACUCAAGUCAUUAUGACAAU